AUGUCUUCACCAGACCACCCCCACCGCAAAAAGCGAGCAGGCAAGGCCUGUGACUCGUGCCGUAUAAAGAAAACGAAAUGUGACGGUCGCAAGCCCUGCCUGCGGUGCAUUGCCGAUAACAGAAUUUGUGCUUACAGUGAUAAGCGUAAGAAAGAGAAGUCCCAUCCUCCUGGGUAUGUGGAGCUUCUCGAAACCAGGGUCGAGCUUCUCACACGGCUGCUCGAACAGAUUGUGCGUCUUCUGGAGCCUCACUUGCCCUGGCUUAGCCAGCUCAUGGAGAAGGCCAAGCAUGAAGAGAUGGAGCAUUCGGUGCCCAUCAAUGACGUGGUGAACCACUUGAUUGCUGAGCAUGGCAUUCUCGAAAACAUGCCCAUGGAGUGGGACUUGGACCCCCACGACGUCUUGAGUGCCGAAGAGGAAGACUUUGUUACGGGGCUCGACAACGAGAACCCAGCAGCCGUGGGCCACAAGAGAGUCAGUCACUCCCGCCUGGCGCUGGACCGCUCAGGCCGAUCUCUGUGCUCACGCCGUGGCUCCCAUCUACAUCAACACCCUCCCUCCAUCACCGAGCAGUUCAACAUGGACUCCGUUUCGUUGGCGGGCUACAGCCCCAACAGCAACAACACCCCGAGCCUCUUCCGGCAAGAUACGAGUCCCAUAUUCUCUAGAUCAGAGAUGAUUAAUCGGCCCACAGGGCAAAUCCUCGCCUCGCACGAAGCCGCCAGUCUGCUGCUGCUGUUGGCACUGUUGGCUGCUAAGCUCGAAUCCCACGACAUUGGGCCUACUUCUCCAGGCCUUCCCCUGCACGUCAUGACCCCCUCGACGCUGCUCCUGAACAGUAGCGAACCUACCAUUCCUUUUGUGUCUUCGCAAGGUCUCCGUAGACACGCUUCUCUCAACAGCCACAAUACCGCCAGUGGCAAUAUGGGCGCAAGUGACCCCAGAGCUCGUAACGAGAUCAAAACACAGCAUUUUCCAGUUCGCCAGAAUACGUCUUCUGAUGCGUCUCUCGUGAUCUCGCCAUACGCCGCUGGGCUUCUGCCUGAGGUGGAUGAGUUUUCAGCAUUCCCCAUGGACGACCCUCCAUUCUCAGACCUUGACGACGCGUGGAGAUUCACCAGCUUGAAACCCGGCUCUGCGGGCGAACUGCUGGCUUGA